ACAUAAACAUAAGCUGUGGGUGGAUGUAUGUGGGUGUGUUACAAAUAUGAAUAAUGAUAAUCCAAAUGUUAUAUUUAGCCCCCUGAUAAGUGCCAUACAAAAGGUUGUUCUUUAUGAGACGCGCCAGCGGCUCUAUUUGGUAGGCAGCAACAAUCGCGAGACGCGUUUUCGUCUACUUAGCAUAGAUCGAGUCAAUCGAAACAACCAUCUCAUUAUCGAGGAGAACGAGAGAGAGUUUAAUAGUCAGGACAUACGGCGUUUUGUGGCUGGGCUUCCUAGCUCACCCAAGGUCACCUCAGCCUACGGCGUGUUGGGAUUUGUAAGAUUUUUGGAGGGAUUCUACCUAAUAUUGGUAACCAAGCGAAAAUGCUGCGCUCAUAUUGGCAUGCAUCUGGUGUAUACCAUCAAAGAUACUGUAAUGGUACGCGUAAAUGAGGUGACAUCCCAAAAGCCGCCACAUCCACACGAGGAUCGUUACAAGAAGAUGUUUCAGAACAUUGACUUACGCAGUAAUUUUUACUUUUCAUACUCCUACGAUCUAACGCGCACGUUGCAGUACAAUGAGUCCGCACCGCGCUAUGUGGGUGAGUCAGUGAACCUGGACCACGAUGAGCCGUUGCCGAAUUGGAAUAAAUUGACUAACAAUGUGAAUCAUGCUAACGAGCGUGUGGACUAUGCAUUUCGCAGCAGUUCCCGGAAGCGGUUCGUUUGGAAUGCCUAUCUGCUGCAGCCAAUGGAGGACAUUAUGCGCAAGGAUUGGCUACUGGAAGUAACGCACGGCUAUGUUAGUCAAUCUUCCAUUAACGUUUUUGGGAGGCAUGUCAAUGUAUGUCUCAUUGCACGCCGCAGUACGCGAUUUGCUGGCACCCGUUUCCUCAAGCGAGGGGCCAACUUUCAGGGCGAUGUCGCUAACGAAGUGGAAACCGAACAGAUUGUCAGCGACGGCCAACGUUUGUGUUCCUUUACGCAGAUGCGUGGCUCCAUACCGUCACACUGGUCUCAGGACACGAGCAAGAUGGUGCCGAAGCCCCAGAUACAGCUGGAUAUAUGUGAUCCGUACGCACAAACGCCGUCGCGGCAUUUUGAACGUUUACUUUUUCACUAUGGUUCCCCAUUGAUUGUAUUGAAUUUGGUCAAAAAGCGUGAGCGGCGCAAGCAUGAGUCAAUCAUAUCUAAGGAGCUCAAGUACAGCAUUCGCUAUUUGAAUCAGUUUUUACCGCCCCAACAUCGAAUGAAGCACAUACACUUCGAUAUGGCGCGUCAGAGUCGCCAAAGUGGUGGGAAUGUCAUGGAGAAGUUGGCCGAAAUAGCUGAGAGUAUUGUGGAACAGACGGGCAUGUUUUUCAAGGCACGAGGCAGUGAUUUAAGCUUCCAAACUGGCAUUGUCCGCACCAAUUGCGUUGAUUGCCUGGAUCGCACCAAUUCUGCACAGUUUGCCAUUGGAAAGUGCGCACUGGGCCAUCAGUUGGAUCGUUUGGGCUUCGUGAAAUCUGUAAAAUUGGAAUUUGAUUCGGAUUGUGUGACUAUGCUGGAGAAUUUGUAUGAAGAGCAUGGAGACACCUUGGCCUUACAGUAUGGUGGCUCACAGUUGGUUCAUCGUAUCAAGACCUAUCGCAAAACAGCACUUUGGACAUCGCAAGGCAGCGAUGUAAUGCAGACGUUAAGUAGGUACUACAGCAAUACGUUCAGUGAUACGGAGAAGCAGCAUAGCAUCAAUCUGUUCCUUGGACUUUUCAGGCCAAGCGCUUCAAAAUUGAGUCAACCACUCUGGGAUCUCCAAACAGAUUACGAUAUGCACAACAAUGCAUUUGGACCGCUCACGCCCAGCAAUAAUUGUAAACUCAUUACGGAUUGGGUGCGUCACAAGGUGCGCUCUUGCUUGCCAUACGCCUGUUCGGACUCCAACAAGAUUGUCAAAGAACUCAUUCGCGUACACAGCAACGAUUUAGAAACGAUCGAUGCAUACUCCAAUUAUCAUUUGUCAUUCAAAUGGACCGAUCUGAGCGAACAUAUAGCUUUUGAGAUUAGUCAGUUGGCUUUGCGCUACACUACAUUUCGCACCAACUAUAGUCCAUUCCAGCGCCAAAUACAAAGUUCGAGCAAUGCGCGCCAAAAUCCUUCUAUGACAGGCCAAAGCUCCACCAGUUCCAUGAACAGCAACUCUUCAAGCUCUAGCGAGGCGGAGGACACUUCCAGCGAGGAGGAGCUGAGUGCCAGUUUUCAUGAGAAGGAGGCAAAUCAAUUCGAGCAGAAAACGGAACCUGUGCCAUUCAAGUUCGAAUCCAUACUACCCUCAAUGCAAGAGGUUUAUGGCUGCAGCAUUUCCACGCCAUCAAAGCAGAACAUGGACAUCUACAAGAAAUACGUGCAAAUGGGUAAACUCUCCAGUGGUGGCUCCCAUCCAGCCGUCUUGGCGGUGGCGCAGCGCGAUAUUGAAAAGGCCAAAAUCAAACGUGGCAUUAUGCUUCAGCCACUGAGUGACUACGGUACGGAUUCGUAUCUGAGCGUGGUACCGCCGACAGUCGAUGCCAAAAGUCUGCGCAUCUAUGCCGAUUACUGUAAGAUUCCACGUAACUUCAAUACCGUGCCCAAGUUUGAGGAAUUUGAUGUGCUCUAUCACUAUGUGCAGAAGCUUUAAAAUUAUUUGUAUUAUUAUUUAUUGAAAUUGUGUUAUAAUUGCUCGCAUAUUACAACAAAUUAUUAAUUAAAAAUUAAAA